AUGCAUCUGGAGUUUCUAGAUGAAGACAUCAUGGCCUUGUUCGGGGAGAACGUGAAGGAUGAGGACAGGGAUAAGUGGAUCGUGUGGUUCGAUGGCACGUCCAACACCCUAGGCCAUGGGGUUGGGGCGGCUUUGGUCUCUCCCGACAACCAAUGCAUUCCCUUCACAACCAGAUUAGGCUUCGAUUGCAUGAAUAAUAUGGCUGAAUACGAGGCAUGCGCCCUCGGAAUCCAAGCGCCAAUUGACUUUAAAGUCAAAUUGCUCAAAGUGUAUGGAGACUCAGCCUUGGUAAUUCACCUACUGAGGGGAGAAUGGGAAACUAGGGAUCACAAGUUGAUACUCUAUCAUGCCUACAUCAAGAAACUAGCUGAUUUCUUCGAUGAGGUCUCCUUCCACCAUGUUCCCAGAGAGGAAAAUCAGUUGGCUAAUGCGCUUGCCACUCUGGCAUCCAUGUUUCAGCUAACCCCACAUGGAGACUUGCCAUACAUCGAGUUCAAAUGUCGCAGCAAGCCCGCACAUUGCUGCUUGAUAGAAGAGGAGUAA